AUGGAUUUGGCUCUCAGAUGGGACAAAGGGCACAUGUCAUUUCUUAAAAGUUUGCAUCUUGUUAAGGCUGUUGCUGUAGAGGAUUUGCAAGCGAAGCUGAGUUUGGCUCCUGCACCUUCAAUGACAUUUGAUCCAAAUCAAUUGAACAAGAGAAAAGUUCGAAAAGGAUCAGACCCGAUUCACAACAGAUGUUGA